GAUGUAAAGCUGCAAUUUAUUGCAGCCACAUUUGAUGCAGCAGGAAACUUUCUUAAAUGGCAAAGUUUGGAAGGAGGCAUCUUACAGCUUUGUCCUGACACCCAAACUAAAUUGAAUGCAGCAUAUGCAUUUGGAACAACUUACCAACAAAGUUGCAAAAUUCCACUUUCCAAGAUUUUAGUGGAUUUUGCUAAUCCAAUCUUUUAUGACCUAUUCCUUGAAUAUAAUGGUGACAGCGGACAACAGUAUCUUUGGGCCGUGCCAGUUUUAAACUUGAAUCUUCAAUACAGUGAAAUGUUUGUUAAUCAAGGCAGUAAUAUGAACAACUGGCUUUUGACUCGUCGAUUCUUUUUGGUGGAUGCACUAAGUGGAAAAGAGAAUGACUUGGGAAAACUACCAAGAGUAAUUCGGAUUGCCAGCAAAAUAACAAUAAGUAUUCGUCUGGUACCCCAUACUCAGCGAGGAACUGUCUACCCUCCUCUGCUUACAGUUGCUUACACAGAUGUGCUUGUCCAAAACCCUGAAACCCAAAGUGUGAUGGUUUCCUUCUCAGUCAAUUAUGAGAUGAAUCAGUCAGAGGCUCGGAUUCAGACUGACAUCGCGCUGGGUGUGCUGGGUGGGCUCGCAGUGUUGUGGUCCCUGCUCAAGACUGCAGGCUGGAAGAGGCGUACAGGAAGCUCUAUAAUUGACUUGCAGACAGUUUUGAAGUUCUUACUGUUUUAUGCUGGAGACCUUGCCAACGUUUUCUUUAUCAUCGCAGUGGGCACAGGGAUUUACUGGCUUGUGUUCUUCAAAGCUCAGCAGUUUGUCUCUGUCUUUUUACCACUUCCAUCUCAAGAAGAAGAUUUUGUUACAUACAUAGCCUGUGCAUUUAGUUUAAAGGCUCUGCAAUUCUUACAAUUGCUUGUUUCACAACUCACUAUAGAUAUUUUCUUUAUUGACUGGGAAAGACCUAAGGGCAAAGUUCUUAAAGCAGUUGAAGGUGAAGGUAUUACUAGAAGUGCUGCUGCACCUGUGAGCAUAUGGAGGACAUAUUUUAUAGCAAAUGAAUGGAAUGAAAUUCAGACAGUGAGGAAGAUAAAUCCCCUCUUUCAAGUGCUUGCAGUUCUUUUUUUUCUGGAGGUGGUGGGAUUUUCAAACCUGGCUUUAAUGGAUUCUUCUUCCAGUCUCACAAGAAGCAGUGAGAGUUAUAUAGCUCCUUGGAGCCGUGUUUUGAGAUUUGGUGUGUCUGCUGCACUCUGGCUAGCCAUUGCCUUCCUACAGAUUCUAUUUUUUUCUGUGUUGUAUGAAAGAUUUGUUGAAGAUAAGAUAAGCCAAUUUGUUGAUUUGUGUUGCAUGAGCAAUAUUUCAGUGUUUCUCUUGUCACACAGCUGCUUUGGUUAUUAUAUCCACGGUCGCUCAGUCCAUGGACAUGCAGAUACCAACAUGGAAGAAAUGAAUAUGAAUCUAAAGAGAGAAGCAGAAAAUCUAUGUAGUCAGAGAGGUUUGGUACCAAACACAGAUGGCCAGACAUUUCAGAUUUCCAUUUCCAGAAAAAUGCGACUGCACUAUGACAGGAUUCAUGAAACCCUGACAAGCAAACGUGGUCCUGCUAGGCUUUUGGGCUCAUCUGCAAAUACUUUUGAACAAAGCACAAGGGCAUACAACACCAUGAACAAAUUUCUUAAUUCUUUCAUUGAUCACGUACAUAAAGAAAUGGAUUAUAUUGUUAAAGACAAGUUGCUGCUGGAACGCAUUCUUGGCAUGGAGUUCAUGGAACCAAUAGAGAAAAGUAUUUUUUACAAUGAUGAAUGACUCGCUUUCAGUGAUGUGCUUUAUUAUGGCAAUGAAACAACACUGCUCAUCUUUGAUAUCCUCUUUUUCUCCAUCGUGGAUCUGGCUUCCCAAAGUUUUGUUUUAGCAGCUAUUCUAACAUAUUUGCAACAAGAGAUAUUUAGGUGUGUUCGUAAUACACUUGGGCAGAAGAAUUUGGCAUCCAAAACCUUGGUGGAUGAAAGAUUUCUUAUUUAA